AUGCAGCAGCGGCUCUGCAGUUGGUUGCUGGCGCUGCCACAGUUCCCUCCCAUCCGAAACCUCGGCCUUACGUUACGUGACUGCGAUCUUCGCCCCUCAUCUCUGCUUCGCAAGUUCAUGCACCGUACGAGGCUCUCGCUUGCGGAGUGGACCAUCUACCCUGACGAGUACGGCUUCAGUGGAUAUGACCUUUGCGACCUCGUAUUCUCGCAUUACACCGUCCUGCACACCUUCACACUCGACCCGAUCAGCCUCUUCAUGGUGCGCACCCAAUACCGGCACGACCCCGGACGCUUCCGGCGUCUCCUGCUCGAAGUGGUCGCUGCACCAGCGCUCCGAAACGUCGUCGUGCACCUCAAGGUUGACGACGAAUACUCCGUACUGCACUGGGAGCCGGAGCAGCCGGAUUGGGCCGCCCUCGACGACGGCCUCGUGAAGUGCCCUCUUCUGGAGCAGGUAUCCUUCUCCGAUAGCGAAACGCAUGCAGUGCUGGGCGAAGUUUGUCGCGCGCUCGUCGACCUCAGCCGGCGGCGCGUCUUCGUACACCUGACCGCGAACCGGAUGGAAUCACUCAGGAUCAGCCACCUGGUGAACGAGCUCGCCACGAUCCUCGAAUCGCCGCUCUGCACAAUUUCCCCGCACGUUCGCCAUCUCACGCUACAGCAACCUCUGCCUUACAGGGGCGGCUUGCCCGACGGGGUCUUGCGGCGCCUGCCCAACCUGACGAGCCUGACCGUGGACGGUACGGAGGAUGAGCCUUGCAUUCUGCCGGAUCUGCAGCCCAUAUCGCACGGUCUCCUUCCCCUGACCGUGCUGACGCUCAAAUACGCCAACGUCGUCUCGUUCUCGAUAAUCGCGCAUGCCAUGGUCGCACUGCCGCGGCUACAAAGCCUCUGCCUGUACGAGAUAUCAGACCAAGACACUGACGGCAGUUCCGACGAACUUAUUCCUAACCCGCCGGAGGGCACGCUCGCGCACCUUGAGAACCUUGUUUGUAUCAUGGAGCGCGACAUCGGCGCGCGGCUGCUGCGGCGCUUCCUGACCUGGGUGCUGGCGCUCCCAGCAACGCCACCCAUCCGGGCACUGACCAUACGCCUGCUCGGCGCAGAGCCAGACGUGCUGUUGCACGUGCGCGAUCUCGUCGAGCGCAUCGCACCCACGCUCACCGAAUGGCGCAUCGACCCCGACGACGGCGACGAUUUUCUGGGAAUUGAGUCCAUUGACCUCCCCUUCGCGGCUUUCACUUGCCUCCGCACGCUCGCUUUCGACCCUAUCGAUUGGUGCACCCUUCGCGUCGGCUUCGGUGGCCCCUCUCGUGCCCUAGUCGACUUCCUCUCCCCCAUCCUUGCUGCACCAAACCUCGAGCGCCUCGUCCUGCGCUUCAAGAUCGACAAACUCUCGGGGAAGGAGACGUUGCGGGAUGUCGUCUUCAUGAUGGACUUCCGGAAGGUACUACCGAAGCUCGCGAGGGUGAAGUUGGAGGACGUGAGGCCUGUACUCGAGCCCGCCGCUCGUGGCACAUCGUCCUUCUGGGGAUACAGUCAGAGUUGCCUUGACUCCAACGCUCACGUCGGCGAAGAAGACAUUCCGGCAUACGCGCAGGAAGUAAAGGCGCACUACCAAGGGACACAUCGCAUCCAGGGCCUCAACCUCAUCCACCCCUCCCCUCCCCCGAGCGCGGACCAGGACUUGGUCUCGAAUGUGCCCGAUCUCUCCGCGGCGCAGCUCGACUUCUGGGCGAACUUCAACUUCACGAACGAGGAUGGGCCCCUCGGACCCACGAGCGACAGGUCCGCCAAGUCGUUCUCGGACAAGAGCGAGAGCCCGGUGAUCAGCAGCGCGAGCGCCCAGCAGCGCGGGCAGCAGACGUUCCCCCAGCUCCCCAACCAGACCCAGCAGCAGCAGCCGCAGGUCGACAUCGGCUCGCUCCUCUAUGCGCUUCAACAGCAGCAGAUCCAGCAGCAGCAGCAGCAGCAGUCCUUCGCCCCCCAGCAGCUCGCGAGCCUCCUCGCCCUCCAGGGCUUCGCGCAGCAGCAGAACCAGCUCUCGCAGCUGCAGCUCCCGCCCCUUCAGCCUACUCUCUCGCGAUCGACUCCGUCUCAGGCGCCACCCGCCGCCCCGGUCUCGCAGCCACCUCCCCCCAAGCGGCAGCGCACGGUCUCCGCGGCAGCGGCCUCCCCCGCGACCCCCUCCCCUCUCAAUACGGCCGGCAUGUCAAGUGAGGCAGCCGCGAUCGCUGCAGCGGAGGACAAGCGUAGGCGGAAUACGGCCGCCAGUGCGCGGUUCCGUAUGAAGAAGAAGGAGCGCGAGGCUGCCCUCGAGGGCAAGGCGAAGGAGCUUGAAGAGCGCGUCGCCGAGCUUGAGCGCGAGUGCGAGACGCUCCGGCGUGAGAACGACUGGCUGAAGGGACUCGUGGUCGGCGUUACGGGCUCCGUCGCACCGCCCACCGCGCCCAGUCAGCAGCAGCAUACGGGCGGAACGGGAACGAAGCGGGGGCGAGACGAUUAG